CCUCUGUAGAUAACAUAAAAGAAUUCAUACAACAACAUCGUGAAAACUUUGUUAAUAUGCAAUCUGAAGACCCUCUCUUACUAGAAGUAAGGAGGGAACAUGUACUUAUGGAUGCAAUAGCCAUAAUCCGGUACUCCCAGGAGGAUCUUCACAACCCUCUCCAAAUUAAAUUUUGUGGAGAACAGGGGGUUGAUGUAGGUGGAUUGAGGAGAGAGUUUUGGAGUCUUUUCCUGUACCAGCUCUCGCAUUCAAUUUUUGUGACAGGAAAAGAAGGAAGACUUAGUUUCCAACCUAAUUUUCUGGAGAGGAAAAAGAACACCUUUUUCCACCUGGGACAGCUCGUUGCAUUAUCUAUUCUUCAAGAUGGUCCAGGAGCACCAAUCUUCUCAGAGUGCAUCACCGACUAUAUACUGAAUGGAAAAUCCAAUUCACUGGACCCAGAUGAUUUGAUGGAAGGUCCAAAGGAAAUCUUGGAAAAAAUGGCUACUUGUUCCUCAGAGGAUGAAUUACAGCAACAGUACAUGACUAUAACAGACUAUGCUACUGAUGCUGGAUUUCUCUUACCAGUAAGACGAUUUACUGAAAAGCAUGUGCCAACACUCCAAGCAUGCUUAAUAGAAAACCAAGUUGUGAGCUGUAAGGAGGAGCUGGACCAGUUUAUUAAAGGAUUAGAUACCCACCAGCUAAUAAGUGCCCUUCAACAAGAGGGGACAAGAGAAAAAUGUAGAGGACUUUUUAGCGGGAAGAUAAAACCAGUAACAGCUGCUGCUAUUCGACAGUUACUCAAAUUCAAGUACACAGAUGGAAACAAAAGGCAGCAGGAGAUGGUAACUGGACAAGGCUUCCUUACCUUUUUACAAGCUACUAAAGGAUCUGGAGCCACGGUAAAUGGCAUUAAUCUUAAGCCAAAAGACGUCCUCAUGUGGUUGACUGGGGCAACGCAUAUACCUGCAUGUGGUUUCCACAAAUCCAUCGAUGUGGAAUUUGGAAGUACAACAAAUAUUAACACUUGUGCUUUGUGCCUGACUCUUGAGGUGAAAGAGUCAAUGACACUAGAUGAAGCUGUGACAUAUUACACAGAACUUCUAAUCAACAGCCAAACCUUUUCUAAGGAGUAA